GAUCACGAGGUCAGGAGAUCGAGACCAUCCUGGCUAACACGGUGAAACCCCGUCUCUACUAAAAAUACAAAAAAAUUAGCCGGGUGUGUUGGCGGGCGCCUGGGGUCCCAGCUACUCAGGAGGCUGAGGCAGGAGAAUGGCGUGAACCCAGGAGGUGGAGGUUGCGGUGAGCCGAGAUCGUGCCACCGCACUCCAGCCUGGGGGACAGAGAAAGACUCCGUCUCAAAAAAAAAAAAAAAAAAGAAAGAAAUAGUGACCGAAUCACACUGCAAGUAGGUGAUUCUCCUGAUCUGUAAUUUUCUUAAGUGGAUAAGUUUUAACUAUGGUUAAUAUAUUAACUUUUUUCUUUAUUUGGAAUGCCUUAAGCUGACAUUCAAUAUUUCUUAAGAAUGACUUUUCAGAUAUUGUUAUGAUUAGUGACAAGCCUGGGGUUUGGAAUGAGAAUUUAGUGUAUUUCUUUUAAAUCUCUUGAUGAUUCACCUAGCGAGUUUUCUUCUUGUCUUCCUGUUUACUUCGUGGUCUUUUUGUUCCAGUGCCAAAGUGGUCCCCUCACCCACCCUUCUUACUUGCUUAUGUAGCUGUUUUCUUUCACCCUAAAAAACACUCUUCCCCUCAUACAUGGGUGCGCACAUGUGCGCAAGCGUAGACACACACACACAUGGUUAAGUGUGCACUGCUGGGGAGGCUAAGGAACAAGAAUAGCUUUCAGCAGCCUCUGAGAUAACGGGGUUAUUGAGUAUAACAUCCUUUGGAAUAGGCUGUGUACAGAAUUGUGAAUGUCACAGGAAAUAAGCCUUCAAGCAGUAAUCACUGUCGAUAGCAAAGUUAGGGUUAGGAAGGGAUGUGAGGUCUCAUCCAGCCAAAAUCUCCCCAACUUCCUUUGCCCACUCACCUGUUUGGGCUAAAAUCUUUGCUGCAUUGCUGUAGUUCACUUAACAAAAUGGAUACCAAUGAGAGAUAAGCAGUUUCAUGCCCAGGCACUUCAACUGAAGGAUGCAACUUAGUCUCGUGAAAAGUAAAUGUGGACUAAAUUGAUUAAUGAUAGAAGCAGAGCCAUUGGGCUGUUGACUCUUGAAUAGCAGGGAGUACAUGAACAUAACCUUCUAUUCUGCAGUUGUCUGCUCUGAGGUGGCAGGUAGGCUCAGAUUAUCUCCACUGAGUUAGAAUUUAUCAAUCAUGACCUUUUUUUUUCUGUUAAUCAGACCCUGCUGAUCUCCCAUUAGAGAAAAUGAAAAGCAUUAUGCAGAUUAAAAUGAAGCACCAAAAUGAAGCUGGUAUAAUAUUGUUUACCCAAUGACUGGGAGCAUUACAUAUCAUUGUAAUGGUCGCUGUUCCCUAAUCUCUGAAGACUACAGCUAGAAUUGAAAAACCAAACACUGAAUCCCAUGUGGUUAAUCAUCUGUUUUACCUUAGUUUGGUUUAUGCUGCAAAAUGAAGUUUUUCAAUAGGUCAUAGCUGGACUUGGUGAACUGCAGUACAGUAAAGAAGUCUUAGUUUAGAAGAUUCAGACAUUCGUAAUUAAAUAUUAAGAUUUUUAGCUGGGGGCUGCUGUGUUUUAGAUGAGUGUGACUUUAGCACUAAACCCCCUCCUAAACUUAUCCUGAAAUUUUCUUAGAGUCUUUUUCUACAUUUGCCCUAUUUUUUUUUAGUUGUGAUAAAAAUACACAUAACAUAAGAUUUACCAUUUUAACUUUUUUUUUUUUUUUUUAAUUGAGAUAGAGUCUUGCUUUGUCACCCAGGCUGGAGUGCAGUGGUGCAAUCUCAGCUCACUGCAAGCUCCGCCGCCCGGGUUCACGCCAUUCUCCUGCCUCAGCCUUCUGAGUAGCUGGGACUACAGGUGCCCGCCACCACGCCAGGCUAAUUUUUUGUAUUUUUAGUAGAGAUGGGGUUUCACCGUGUUAGCCAGGAUAGUCUCGAUCUCCUGACCUCGUAAUCUGCCUGCCUCAGUCUCCCAAAAUGCUGGGAUUACAGGCGUGAGCCACCGCGCCCGGCUCAUUUUAACCAUUUUUAAGUGUACAGUUUAGUGGUAAGUACAUUCACAUUGUUGCACAACCAUCACCAACAUCCAUCUCCAGGGCCACUUCUUUUUCUUCAACUGAAACUCUGUACCCAUUAAAUAUAAACUCCCUAUUCCCUCUUUCUCCCAGCCUCUGGCUAUUAUCAUUCUGUUUUCUGUUUCUAUGAAUUUGACUAUUUUAGGAACUUUAUAUAAGAGGAAUUACAAAAUAUUUGUCCUUUGUGACUGGAUUAUUUUGCCUAAUAUAAUAUUCUCAAGGUUCGUCCAUGUUGUAGCAUGUAGCAGAAUUUCCUUUUUAAGGAUGAAUAAUAUUGCAUUGUAUGAAUAUACCACAUUUUGUUUCUCUAUGUUCGUGUCAGCGGACACUUGGGUUGCUUCCACCUUCUAGCUAUUGUGACUAAUGCUAGUGUGAACAUGAGUGUAUGUAAAUCUCUUUGAGACUCUGCUUUCAUUUCUUUUGGGUAUGUACCCAGAAGUGUUAUUGCUGAAUCAUAUGGUAAUUCUCUGUAUAACAUUUUGAGUAACUGCCACUCAAAGUGGCUGCACCAUGUUACUUUCCAGUUUCUUCACAUUCUUCCCAACACUUGUUUUCUGUUUCUGUUUUUGUUGUUUGCUCCACCUCUCUCCUGUUUUCCGUUUUUUGGUUACUAGCCAUCCCAGCGGGUGUGAAGUGGUAUCGCAUAGUGGUUUUAAUUUCAUUUUUUUUUAAUAACUAGUGAUGUUGAACAUCUUUUUAUAUGCUUACUGGCCAUUUGUAUAUCUUCUUUGGAGAAAUGUCUAUUGAAGUCUUCUGCUCGUUUUUUAAUGGAGUUUUUUGGUGUUUUGUUGUUGAGUUUUAGGAGUUCUUUAUAUAUUCUAGAUAUUAAUUCAUUAUCAGAUAUAUGAUGUGCAGAUAUUUUCUCCCAUUCCAUGGAUUGCCUUUCAUUUCAUUGAUGGUGUCCUUUGAUGCACAAGUUUUUAAUUUUGAUGAAAUUUAACUUAGCUAUUUUUUCGCUUGUUGCUUAUGUUUUUGUUAUCACAUCCAAGAAAUCAUUGCCAAAUCCAAUGUCAUCAGGUUUUCUCCCAUGUUUUCUUCUAAGAGUUUUAUGUUGUUUUAGCCCUUACAUUUAGGUCCUUGAUCCUUUUUUGUUUUUUGAGGUAGGGUCUUGCUACGUUGCCCAGACUAAUCUUGAACUCCUGGGCUCAAUUGAUCCUCCUGCCUCAGCCUCCCUAGUAGCGAGGACUACGGGUAUAUACCACUACACCCAGCUUCCUUUGAUCCAUUUUGAGUGAAUUUUUAUAUAUGAUAUAAAGUAAGCAUCCAACUUCAUUUUUGGGCACAUGGAUAUCCAGUUUCCCUAAUGCCUGCUGCCUUUUUUUUUUUUUUGACAGUUUUGUUCUUGUUGCCCAGGCUGGAGUGCAAUGGUGCAGUCUCAGCUCACUGCAACCUCUACCUCUUGGGUUUAAGCGAUUCUCCUGCCUCAGUCUCUCGAGUAGCCAGGAUUAUUGGUGCCCGCCACCACACCCGCCUAAUUUUUUUGUAUUUUUAGUAGAGACAGGGUUUCACCAUGUUGGCCAGGCUGGUCUUGAACUACUGACCCUCAGAUAUGAGCCUCGGCCUCCCAAAGUGUUGGGAUUACAGGCGUGUGCCAUCACACCCGGCCCCCACUGCUUUUCUGAGAUAACCACAGCUCAGAUUUCUUAGCUUGAGUUAGGCUGAAUUUGGAACUUAACUGUGGUAAGAGAUAGAAAUGGAGCCUCUCCCAUUUUUUCCUACGUAUUUCCAUUCCUUUUUGUUUUUUAGGUUUGCUCAUUCCUCUGCUGUUUAAGAGAUAGCAUAAUGUAGUGGUUAAGAGUAGGGAUUCGUGGGGUGGGGAAAGCGGAGCUCAAGCCCCACGCGGGACCGCCUCCCGAGCCAUCUGAGCAGAGGGCGGGGUGCAGGCGGAAUGGCCCUCGUGCCCUAUGAGGAGACCAUGGAAUUUGGGUUGCAGAAAUUCCACAAGCUUCUUGCAACUUUUUCCUUUGCAAACCACACAAUCCAGAUCCGGCAGGACUGGAGACACCUGAGAGUCGCGGUGGUGGUUUGGGAUGCGGCCAUCGUUCUUUCCACGUAUCUGGAGAUGGGAGCUGUGGAGCUCAGGGACCGCUCUGCCGUGGAGCUGGGUGCUGGCACGGGGCUGGUGGGCAUAGUGGCUGCCCUGCUGGGUGCUCAUGUGACUAUCACGGAUCGAAAAGUAGCAUUAGAAUUUCUUAAAUCAAACGUUCAAGCCAACUUACCUCCUCAAAUCCAACCCAAAACUGUUGUUAAGGAGCUGACCUGGGGACAAAAUUUGGGGAGUUUUUCUCCUGGAGAAUUUGACCUGAUACUUGGAGCUGAUAUCAUAUAUUUAGAAGAAACAUUCACAGAUCUUUUUCAAACACUGGAACAUCUCUGUAGCAAUCACUGUGUGAUUCUUUUAGCAUGCCGAAUUCGCUAUGAACGGGAUGACACUUCUUAGCAAUGCUGGAGAGGCAAUUUACUGUGAGAAAGGUUCACUAUGAUCCUGAAAAAGUUGUACAUAUUUACGAAGCACAGAAGAGAAACCAGAUGGAGGACUUAAUAAUUGGCUAUAAUUUAUAAGAAUGUUGUCACUGAGUGUGUCACUUAAGGUUUUAGACUGCAAAUCUAACCAUAUUUAAUGAAAUGUCUUACUGUACAAAAAGUCUAAACCAAAGGUUCUCAGGGGAGAAAGCACAUGUGCAGUUUUAAAACAGAGCAGUGCUUUGUCCCAUUGCUGUGAUUUUUAGCCAGACUUUACUCAGUCUGAAAUCCAAUUAACAUUAAAGGAUUAAGUGUGAGAUUUUGAUUUAUGCUAUUUCUGUAUCCCAUACUACUCCCUUUUAAUAAACAGUUUCCACUGAUGAUAUGAAGUGCUGGUAUAAAGAUGUCUUUAAAUGAGUAAGCUUUCUUUGGUAAGAUUAAAUCUUACAAAUUAUUUUUAAAACCUUCUGAUAUAUACAAUGUUUAGCCGAGUUUUCUAAUUUUCUGGAUGUAAAACAAAAGGUUUAACCUAUACAUUCCUUGAGCUGUUAGUGCUAUUGAAAUCUUUUGCCCUGUUUAGAUCCUAAACACUUUUAGUUGGGUGAGUAGGAUAUAAGUUUUUUUGGGUCUCAUAUCAUGCUUUUUGCCUUAAUUUCAGGUAUAUAUAAAUAAAGGAAUUAAGCAAAAAUAAAAUUUCAGUUACUUUUUAAAAGCACCUGAAAUCUGGCCGGGUGCGGUGGCUCGUGCCUGUAAUCCCACCACUUUGGGAGGCCGAGGCGGGCGGAUCACCUGAGGUCAGGAGUUCAAGACCAGCCUGGCCAACAUGGUGAAACCCCGUCUCUACUAAAAAUACAAAAAUUAGCCGGGUGUGGUGUCAGGCGCCUAUAAUCCCAGGAGGCUGAGGCAGGAGAAUCUCUUGAACCUGGGAGGCAGAGGUUGCAGUGAGCUGAGAUUGCACCAUUGUACUCCAGCCUGGGGGACAAGAGUGAGACUCCAUCUCAAAAAAAAAAAAAAGCACCUAAAACCUUGAAUAGGUUGUCUAUUUCAAGUCAAGAGCUGAGGUUUUCCCCUUCUGUUUUACCCUUGCUCAAAUGUCUUAAUGCAGUUCUUUCCCAGGCUUUCCCUGCUUCCUUAACAAUGCAUAGGAUGACAUUAAAAGUUUUAAAUCGCAUCCCUGCCUGAGAGGUUAGCUUCCCGCAUAUAAGCUCCUUUUGUAUUGUACUUGUAAUUGCUCAUUCAAUGUUAGUAUUGCCCCACAGAGUGUAAGCUUCUUGAGGGCCAAGAAUGCUUCUGCCUCUUCCAUUGUUGCUUCCCCAGUACCUUCUGUAUAUUUCAUAACCAAAUAAUGAAAAAGAUAUAUUCCAUUUAAAGGUCAUUGACUUUGGGUUAAAUGAUUGUUAUAUUGUUUUAGGAUUAUCUAUGAUACACUUUGAUGUCUCACACACUCACAUGAACUUUUCUUUUUACAAUGCAAAAGUUUAAACAAUAGCUUAAAUUUAGACUGCAAGAAUAUUAUAAUCUCAAUAUGGUAUUUGGUACUAGAGAUAGAUUUCUUUUAUAAAAUCUUAAAAACAGGACGUUCUCUUCCUUUUGAACCUUUAUCCCAGAGGUGAAAAUAUCCAGUAUGUUGUUUUCUGCAUAUAUUGAAACAGCAGUUUCACUUUAAUAAAGAUGGAUUAAAAGUUGAAAAAAAAAAAGAGUAGGGACUCUAGAGUCAGGUUGUCUGAGUUUGAGUCCUUGCUGUACCAUUACUUUGAACAAGUUAUUUAACCAUUCUUUCCUUGAGUUUUCUCAGCUAUGAAGUGAGGAUAAUAAUGGUCCUAUGUCAUUAUUGAGAUUAUUAAAUGACGAUAUAUAUAAAGCAUGUAGAAUAGUGCCUGGCACAUAUUCAGUGCUAUAUACAUGUUUAUUAUUAUUAUCUUUAAAAAUUUGUUGUCCUGAUUGUGCAAGUCUGGGAAUCUUAUCAGCCCCUUCCAUACCCAACUUUGUUCAGUCCUUUUUCCGUACUCAUGUGGGCUUAGUAGGGACCAGAGAUACAAAAUGAUAUUUAUUUACAAGCUGACAUCAGGGGCAAUACUGGAACUUAGGCUGUCAGCCUGAGCCUUUGCAUCAUUGAUGGGAAAAUAGUUUGGGUGGGAAGAGUUUGUGUUUUCUAUCACUUUGAGGAGAUGUCUGACCAUGCAACCUUGGCUAUAUCAUUGUGGUAAAAGAAUGUCUCCAAAAUGAAUACACAUAUACCUGAGAGGCUAUUAACCAACAUGUUCUUAUCUCUGGGUGGCAGGAUUAUAGGUGGUUUUAUAGGUUGGUGCAAAAGUAAUGGCAAAACAGCAAUUAUUUUGCACCAAACUAAUAAGUUUUCUUUCUUGUAUUUUAAUUUAUUAAAACAUUUAGCUGUGAACUUUUUUUGUAGGUACUCUUUAUCAGGUUGAAGAAAGUCCUUUCAGUUCUUAGUUCGUUGGGUGUUUUUAUCAUCAAAGGGUGUUGGAUUUUGUCAAAUGCUUUUUCUGCUUCUAUUGAGACAAUUGUGUGGUUUCUAUUUCUUAUUCUAUUUAUAAAACGUACUACAUUAAUUGAUUUUCAGAUGUUAAACCUUGCAUUCCUGGGAUAAAUCCUACUUGGUCACGGUGUAUAAUUUUUAUAUUUUGCAGGAUUCAGUUUGCUAGUACAGGAUGAGCAUCUCAAAUCUGAAAAUCUGAAAUCUGAAAUGCUUUAAAAUCUGAAACUUUUUGAGCACCAACAUGAUGCUUAAGGGAAAUGCUCAUUGGAACAAUUUGUGUUUCGGAUUUCUGGAUUAGGGAUGCUCAACUGGUAAGUAUAAUGCAAAUAUCCAAAAUUAAAAAAAAAAAAUCUGAAACCUAAAACUCUUCUGGUCCCAAGCAUUUUGGAUAAGGGAUAUUCAGCCUAUGUUUUACGUCCAUAUGCAAUAUCUGCAGAC